AGCAUUUUCCACAUUAUAACUUGCAUAUGCCACACUCAUAAUAACAAGAGAAAAAACAGGAAUACACCACUAUGACACUGUGUGCCGACACAUCACGACUUGAUCAUUGCCACUCUGGUAAUAACUAAAUUAUGACAGGCUGUGUCUUAAGGGAAUAAUAUUGGUGCCAGAUUCAUGCAAAUGCAGUUCUGGGGUUCUACCUUGCUACUAAAAAGCCUCACUUAAGUGUAAUUAAAAUCGGCCCCCAAAAGUGUCUGAUUUCACUUGAAAGGAUCCAGUAGGGAAAAAACGACGCCAUAAAAAUGAUUGUAAAAUACAUUUAGAGCUACAUACAAAAUACAACAAUAACCCAAAAUAUACAAUGAUAAUAAAAAAAAAAAAUAAAAAAAAAAAUAGAAAUGACCUACUCAAAUAACAACACUGACACCUAUACUGUUGGGUGUAUUCAUAACCUGUGUGGCCAAAGUUCCCUAGACUUCACCAGGUCAGUCCUUCAAAACACUUCUAGCUAGUUCCCAACGGCUCUGGUUCCUCCUCUGACAAGAUGGCUGAUGCGCACAAUGAAGGUGAAGUGGAUGGAAAGAUGCGUUUGUGGCAUUGAGGGAAAAUGUUGAAGAUGAAGCGAAACAACGAGUAGGCCUAGGCCCACCACGCUGCUGGCGUUGAUGAAUGCCCGAGCGACCGUGUUUGUUCCAGGGCCAGAGUUACCACAAGCUGAAGCGUGCAUGCCUGCGUCAGGGCACACUGUUCCAGGACCCCCUCUUCCCCCCGACGGCCCAGUCCCUCUUCUAUAAGCGCGUACCUCCCCCAGGAAUCACAUGGAAAAGACCUCGGGAGCUCUGUAAAGAUCCUCGCCUCUUUGUGGAUGGCAUCAGCACACGGGACCUGCACCAGGGCAGCCUGGGAAACUGCUGGAUGGUAGCAGCCACCUCCUGCCUGGCCUCGGAGCCCUCACUGUGGAAGAAGGUGAUACCAGAGCACACAGAGCAGGAAUGGGACCCAAAACGGCCUGACAUAUAUGCCGGAAUCUUCCAUUUCCGCUUCUGGCGCAUGGGCCGUUGGACAGAUGUGGUCAUCGACGACCGCCUGCCAGUCAGUGAGGAUGGAACGUUGCUUUUCUGCCGCUCGGCAACACCACGAGAGUUCUGGAGUGCCCUUUUGGAAAAGGCCUAUGCCAAGCUGAAUGGCUGUUACGAGGCCCUUGAGGGGGGCAACACAGCUGAGGCACUGGUGGACUUCACAGGAGGCGUCUCAGAGCCCAUCAGUCUGGCACGCUGUUCCUUGAUGCAGCACCCAGACCAGAGGAAGACACUGUUUCAGACCCUCAGCAAAGCGCACAGCCAGAGGGCACUCAUCACCUGCUCGAUACGGCCUGAGGAGGGUGAAUGUUUGGAGUCGGUGCUGGAUUGUGGGCUGGUGAAGGGCCACGCGUACGGGGUCACGGCCAUCAGGCGUAUCAGGCUAGGCCCUCGCUUGCUGGGCAGCUGCGGGGAGACAGACCGCUUGUGCAUGGUGCGCCUCCGGAACCCCUGGGGCACAUCGGACUGGACCGAAGCCUGGAGUCAAGGCUCUCAGGAAUGGCAGCAGCUGGGCCGUAAGGAGAGAGAGAAGAUGGGUCUUGUGGUGCGGGAUGUCGGUGAAUUCUGGAUGGAGUUUGAGGACUUUUGCUGCUACUUCACGGACAUGGUGGUGUGCCGGCUGGCGGAGGGCUCGCUGCUCUGGCACAAAGACCGCUGGAGGGAAGUGCGCUGCGAGGGAGAGUGGAGACCACCCCCGAGAGGAGGCCGUCCGAAAAGAUACCCGCCCUAUCUACCCCCGGGCAAGCCCAGCUCCACAGCUCCUUACCCCUUAGUCUGGUACACCCAGAGGGGGGACAGGAAAGAAGCUCGACUGGGGGAGUGUAAGCAGGAGCCCACCACAGGCCGGAGGAGGGAAAGGGAUCAGGACAACAGAGGGCCAGCAAGGAUACAGGACAAGAAUGGAGGUGAUGCUGCCAAAAAGAGACUGUGUGACCAGGCUGUUCACAGGAGAUGGAUGGCGCAUCGGGACAAAAGAAGUCGAUGUGGAGGCUGCAUCAACCACAGGGAGACAUUUCUGCACAACCCCCAGUUUAUGUUUGAGGUUCAGCACAGAGAAGAGGAGGUGCUGAUCUGUCUUCAGCAGGAGGAUAGGAGGAUGAAGAGAAAAGAAGGUGGAGGAGAGAACCUUCCGAUUGGUUUUGAAGUACUGAGGGUGGAGGUGAACCGCAUGAGCCGUGUUCAGUGCAUUGGUGAGCAGGCAGCUAGCUCUGUGUACAUGGACUCUCGCAGCGUGGCACUCCGAGUCACCCUCAGGCCUGGACGCUACGCCCUUCUACCCACGACCUUUCAGCCAGGGAGCACCGGCCGAUUCCUGCUUCGUCUUUUUUCUCUCACACAAAUACAUCUCAGGGAGCUGAAAGAGGAGCUUCCUCCUGCAUCUCUAUGGAGGUGUUGUCUACCUCAGCCGUGCCUGGUCACCACUGUACACUUGCACCGAGCCUCAGGCCUCUGUCACCCCAAACAAGCAGCUCCAGAUGUGUAUUGUGUUAUUCGUUGUGAGGAGGACACAGUAAGGACAGCUGUGUUCAAGGCAAAUCGGAAUCCUGAGUUCAACACAAAAGUUAUUUUCUACAGGAAGAAACCUCAUGCACCAAUAUACAUAGAGCUGUGGAGCAAUGGACUGGUUUGGGACACAUUGCUUGGUGGGUGUCGACUUCAGAGUGAGGACAGUGAAAGAGGACGGAACAGAACAAUUGACCUUCAAGGAGGUCAAUCGGAUAUUGGCGCUCGUGGGUGUGUUCACGUGGAGACCUCCUCCAGCCACUGUCUGACGGAUCUAUGAUUGUCCAGCUCCUGUCUGUUGUACAGGUUUCACUGCCAUGGCAAGACUUUUCUAACCAGAAUGCAUUGUAAUAUUGCAUUGCGCGUGCACGCUCCGCAGACUCCUUCUGCAUGCGCCGUCACGAAGGCGCCAACUGUGACCCACUUAGUCUAUCAAGGGAGAUCCUUUAAUAGGCCAAGUAUUUCAGUACAAUGUUUCUGCAAUUUGAUUUUGUUCUAAUUUAGAAAUCAAAUCAGCACCUGAAGCCAUAGUAGCCAUAAUCUACUAAUCAUGGCCUACCACAUGACCAUUAUGGUAGUAACUCCCAUUGACGUGUAUAUUUUGAGUAGCACCGAUAUAAAGCCCUGUUAUCCAUGACAUUUUUUUGACCAUUUUAAUGAGAUUUUCCUACAAAAUUCUGUAUAUACACAAAUAGAUUGGGGAUGUUUCUGUAAAGACCACUUUUCACAAGUUAACAAUUACCUCCAAUUUUCUUUGAGAGGUGUCAAAGAAUCAAAACAUCUCAAGACAGCUGUCUUUAUGAUUAACUCAAAACUUAUCCCAUAUUUUUUGGACCGCUUUGUAUCAAUCUAUACUGUAUAGCUAAGCUAUAUUUGUACCUGUUGAAAAUGUCAUAAACGACAGUAAUAUAAACUGAAAGUGUUAUGAAGUGAUUGUCCAGUUUAAAUUCAUGUUGUCACUGCCCUUUGUCUUUUUAGGGUAGUUGGCAUAACACUAAUGCUAUUUUUUGAUCAUUGUAUGCAAAUAUGCAUUGGACUGAAAUCCAGGUAGAGCUCAGUAUGUUUUGGACAUGCACCAACAUCUUGUAUUAAUGUUUUGGAGAUGUUCUCUGCUGGCCAGAGUGAGUCUUUUCAUGUGUGUUCAAGUGACUCUUCAGAAAAUAACUUUUUUCUCAAUUUUAACAUUUUAAGGCCAUUAUUUCCUUAAUAACAGAGCAAAGUUUAACUGUCAAUAAAUGUUUUGGAUUUAUAAAAGUUGAA